CAGGCAUUUGGUUGGCCAGCUUCGGGCCCUUCCUCCUUUUCCGCAUCCCUGAGAGGCUGAUGCCAAGAUGAACGACACAGUGACAGUCAGAACCCGGAAGUUUAUGACAAACCGGCUGCUUCAGAGGAAGCAAAUGGUUGUUGAUGUCCUCCAUCCAGGCAAAGCCACAGUCCCUAAGACUGAGAUCAGGGAGAAGCUGGCCAAAAUGUACAAGACCACCCCCGAUGUGGUGUUUGUCUUCGGCUUCAGGACACAGUUUGGUGGUGGCAAGACGACAGGUUUCGCCAUGGUCUACGACUCUCUCGACUACGCUAAGAAGAACGAGCCCAAGCACAGACUGGCCAGGCACGGUCUCUAUGAGAAGAAGAAGUCCUCCAGAAAACAGCGCAAGGAACGCAAGAACAGAAUGAAGAAAGUACGAGGUACCAAGAAAGCCAGUGUGGGUGCUGCUGGCAAAAAGGUAACUUGGCUGUUCCUCCUAUGGUGCAUUCCUCUUGCUACAGUAUGGGUGCAUCUCAAUAGUCACAAUUUUACACAAGCUGCUUUUGUUGGCCUUCCUCUGCUUUGAUUUGAAAACGCAGUGGGUGAAUGUAUAAUGAUGUAUGUACAAUAUGGUGUAUGUACAAGAUUUAUGUUUUCACCCAAGAGAACUUCACAUCUGUGCAGAUGGAAGGGGCAGCAUAAGACUAUUGAAACACCCCACGUGUCACUUCAUUCUUAUUAGUUAAUUAUUCAUUACAUGCAUAUCUUUUCUGCUUCCUAAGUCUUAGUUUUGUCUUUAUUUAUGUGUUCUUACUGUUUUAAUGAGUCAUCUUUUUCUCCCAAACUGUUCUUUGGGACUGUAGAAGGUAAAUGUUUUCAUCAGUAGACUAACUGCUGUGUGUAGAUAAUGCUACUGUGGUGUUCCUAGCUGACUUCAUCCCAAUCCUCCCUUUUAUAUAACCAAAAAAUCUACUGCCUUUUUACAUGUGGAUUUCUUUAACGUCCACAUUGGGUUUCAGUUCAGUCCCCUACCAGUUAGAAUGAGCAACUAAGUAUUAACUCGUGACCCUAAUUUUGUGAACUGAACACUAAUAGUGGUUUAGAUCCCAAGUUAAACCAUAUUGUGUAAUCUUAAGACUCAAUAGUAGGUCGCCAAGUGGAUCUCUGAAAGACUAGAAACUAGAGCCAUUUCUCAAUUCAUUCCUGGACGACCCCACUGGAGAACAUAUGUUUGUUUUAGUCCAGCACUAACACAUAAUUCAACUAGUCAAGUCUUAGUGCUGGGUUAGAACACAAAUAUGCACCCCCCAAGAAUGGAUUGAUAGACUUUCUAGCUGCAUUUGUGUGUAUUUAUUGAAAUUCCCACAUCUAGUGCUCAGCAUUCAGUUUGGAUUGUAUUAUUUUCCUGGGUGGAGUUGACUGAAUUUUGUCAUUCAUCUUCAGUGCAAAUCUUAUGCCCUUCAGGGGUCUACUCUGAGUAAAGUAUUUAAGUAAAGUAGCUUAACAUUAUCUUCAUCCUUUUGCCUUUCUUUUGCCUCCUGU